UGAAAAAGCAUAGUCAUUAAAAACAGAUUACAUUGUCAUUUAAGCUUAAGACUAAUUUAUAAAUUACGAAAGCCAUCUGUAAACUUCGCUUUAUGUUAGUUUAAGCUUCAGUCAAACAAUUUAUCUUACGAGGUCUGACCAUAUUGUAUAUUACUAGUAUAUAGGUAUUAUAUAUAACGAUAGCAAUGGCCAAACAUAUUUCAUCAAUUCAGAACCUAAACGUAUAUGCAAAACAUCUGAAGGCAACUUAGAUAAGAAGUUACCAUCAUAAUAACCAUCAUUCGCGAAGGUAGUUAGUAAUAAUAAAUAUUUUAAUAAAUUUUCGAAAACAUUAAUUUGUAGAAAAUCACUUCAACGAUUUCUCCUUCUACGCAAAGAAAAAGGAAAUGUAGACUGAAUAUCGCGAGGAUUCCGAGUUUUCUUGCAAGUUUUGUUCUUCUUUGUUUACUUCCUUCGAUCAUAUUUUAUUAAUUAUGGACCACGUGCAAUCUGAAGGUGAGGAAACGGUAGCCACAAAACCAUACCAUUACCAAAUGGUGAUGAUAUCGGGAGGAGCUAACAUCCUGAGCCAGAGUCAGCUGAGGGCAAAGGUGAGGCAUAUGUUGACGCAGAGUACAGACCCAGUAGAGAGGAUCAGACUGACUGCCCUGCUGAGGGGUCCAGGGGGCAUCAGAGACAUAGGCAGGAUAUUCAGGAACAUGGAUGACGACAACAGUGGACAGAUCAGUUUCUCCGAAUUCCAGCAAGGAGUGACAGCGAUAGGGUGUGUGCUGGAUCAUUGCGAAAUGCAGAAAGCCUACGACCAAAUCGAUUCAGACCACUCAGGCAGUAUCAGCUACGAAGAGUUCCUGGAGAAUCUGCGUGACAAAAUCAUGAACAGUAUACGGGAGCGAAUGGUGCAGGAGGCAUUUAAGAAGCUGGACAAAGACGGGUCAGGGUGUCUGACGAUCGAAGACCUGCGAGGAGUGUGUGACGUCAGUGGACAUCCCAAGAUACUCUCGGGCGAUUGGACAGAAGAGCAGGCACUGGAACAGUUCCUAUCUAACUUUGACACGCCUGACAACUUUGAUGCCACCAUAACCAAGGACGAGUUUUUCUCCUAUUAUGCUGGGGUGAGUGCCAGCAUCAACAAAGACGAGGACUUCCUGAUGAUGGUGAACGACACUUACCACUUGUUCACCACGAAACCAAACACCGGAAUAAGGAAAGUGAAGACCGCGCUGGGUCUGCAGAGAACGGCCAAAGAGAAGGUGAUGGACAAGUGUAAGAAAGCUUUGCAACAAUCAAUAAUCCAGGAGGCUGCCGAACACAAGAUGUCAGUGGCCCAGUACAAGAAAAUCACCUUGCAACAUGGUAACGCCAAAGGCUGAAUGAGUGCAACAAAAUCAGGAGAGGAAAGACGCGGAUAGCAAUAAUAACAAAAAACUCAUACAAAAACAUUUAUCUUUGAUAGGCUAUUUCAAACAGCUGUCAAUUUAACAUUU